CAGUUGGCUGCAGCAGGCUGUUUCCCUUCUUUUCUUCUCUUCAUGUACAAUAUACAUAUGUACGUAUGCUCCUCUGUCUCGGCUAGUCUCGUCCAUGCCGCGCGCCAGCCAGCGUCCCGUCUCUCUGGCAUCUCAUGCAUCGAGAGCACGAGGAGGCGCUGCAUGAACGAUCCGGAUAGGGUCUGCCGACGAGACCCAUGAUUGCUCGUACAUAGUAUGAGCCACUCACAGAUGUACCUGCCAAAAAAGAAGUGUGUGCGAGCCGGUAUGCUCAACAGUCCUGCCCACCCUCCUCGUCCUUGGCAGAUCCAGGUUCCCAACUUGACCGGUCCGCCGCCCCUUGCUCGCCUUCCCGGAUGCAUGCGCCAUGUCUGAAAAAGCAACUCCUCGAUGAGAGGGACUGCGUGGGCCUGGCCGCAAGCGUAGGACACGAUAUUCGCCCAAUGGCCAAUUGGAUGUUGCGACUCAGCGAGAAGAGAGAUCCCGGUGUGCAGUCCAACAGCCAUCCUGCAUGAUGCCGAUGCACGCUUGCGCGACGGGAAAGAGGAUCAGGCCUGCCGUGCCACCCCAGCACGGAGGAAGCUCUAGAGCAGGACCCAGGAACCCGGUACCCCCAAAAAACGACCACUCCCCGAUGAGGAUGCCAUGUUGCGGCUCGACGCGACUCAGUGCGUUGCCCCCGACUUUCCCCCAACAUCUGUCCUUGCCUUGUUUGCUUGCCCCAUGGGUUGCACGGCCUCGGUCACGGAGCCGUGGCCAGGAACCUGCGUGGCCGACUGCCACCAAACCACCGGCGGUGGGCAAGCUCGUCGCUGUGGCUUGCACGGGCGGCCUGGUGAGAGUUCCGGUGACGGCCAGAGGUCUCGGAACUUAACCCUCAGUUGCCCAUCUUUCUCUUGGCUUACAACCGGCGAGGGCGAGGGCGGUAAGCCCUCUUGACCAUCAAAAAUAUGGCGGUCCCCUGGGAUUCGCCCCCGGCCCAGCCGCUUCACUCAGCGCCUCGCAGCCUUGGGGAGAAUCAGGGUCGUCGCUGGCCGCAACAACUGCCCACCGCGCACACGCCCGGUGCGCUCUCGGGACUCGACACCGGCAGGAGCAAACCAGUCGUCGGUAUGCCUACCAGCGUGGCCCCAACCGCCCUGCCAGCGAGAGACAUCGUGCGGCCCUCGGCCAGCGUACCGUCCCCGACCUCAGUCUUCCAACAUUGGGCCGUCGAACCCGCCUUCGCCGCAAGCAUGCCUUCCUUCUACGACGUGGUUCGCAUGUGCAACAAGUUCGACAAGGACGUCGGCAGUCUUUGGGAGUUCCGCUUGCUCGACAGCCACGGACCUGUGGGAUACAUGCUCCCCGAGUUUGUGGCCGAGAUUCGCUGGGACGGAACAAGCUUUCGCAUUUCCAAAGCUGAACGCAGAGUCCACCUGGCUUCGCGGAUCGGCGUCGGCGACGAUGUUGUCGAGAUUUGCCGGAUAGAGUUUGUCAAACUUUGCGAGAAGAACCUGGGCCUGCUCGGAGGCGUGCGCAAAUGGCUGGAAAAAAGAUCCGACUACCACCCUAUCCGUGGACUCGAGGACCACUUGAUAGGUAUCAAGAUGCCAUCUCCUCUGCGAGGCGUUUUCGGCAUUGUAACAACGGGCACACAUCUGAACGUAUACACGGUAAAACGGGUUGACGGGCGACCAAAGAUGCACAUCUGGGUGUCGAGACGGUCGCAGAACGUAACAUAUGCCGGCAAGCUCGACCAGAUCGUCGCCGGCGCAAUGGACCCCAGAGACAGCAUGGAUCCACUCAGGACGUUGCAGCGUGAAGCCAUGGAGGAGGCCCAGCUGACGAUUGAUGUGCGCUCCCGGGUGGUGACUGCCCAUGGCACCUUUGUCGGCACGGUGAUGGAGGGCCCCCGGAUUUCCUUCUUCGACAAGAAGGAUGCAGUGGCCGGUUCGGAGCAGGGCCAGCUGGAGCCUGGCGUCCGUUUCACGUUUGAUCUCGAGGUGGAUCCGAGCUUCGUCCCCCAGCCGAGUGAGCCCAACGCUAUAGCCGGUUUCUUCUUGAAGCCCGUGGACGAUGUCAAGCGGGACCUGAGGCGAGCCGAGUGGAAGCCCAACUGUGGACUUGUCAUGCUGGACUUUUUGCUACGCAAGGGGCUGAUACGACCCGAGGACGACGAACGCUUUAGCAUGUUGAGGCAGGGCCUGCAGAGAGAGCUUCCUUUCCAGAACGUUUGAGGGAUAGAAUUGGACCAUUCUGGGUAUGUUUGUUUGUGGUACGGAUGCUGGCGUUUGGGGUAAAGCGAUAUGAGUAGUGACUGAGCCCUACUUCGUAUACGCAAGCUGCUCCC